UCCGUAGCAAAGCGGCGCGCCGAUACAAUACUCUACAGGCGCAAACCAAGCGCGAGUGUUUCAGUGAAUCUCUUUUUGCAGUUGUUUUUUUUUUGUUACGGUGGUAAACUAUAGCAACAACGACAUGACUAAAGCAACUUAUCUGUUCAUCACGUUACUGCUUGUCGUCGGCACGCAGAUUGCCAGCAGUAAAGGCAAAUCGGUGAGUGAAGUAGUCAAGGACACGGCACGCCUCGUCAAAAGACAAUCCGAAGAUAAAGAAGAAGUAACGACUGAACAAUCGACUAUAUUGUUAGCUGAAGAUUUGACAACGACGAUCGUUCCUGAUAUCGAAGAAAAUGAUGCCACUGUAAAACCUCUCGCUGAAGACAAAAUUGAUAAGAAAGACGACGAAAAAAAGAAUAAACAAAUGAAGAAUCCAAAGAAGCCUAUAAUAUCAGAAUUGUUGAAUAGAGGAGGCGAACCAUCAACAAAUUUACUUCCGCCGUUGCCUUUUACAUGCAUACCACCAAGCUAUUACGGCCAGUCGCCACCUCUGCCGCAGUACCCACCAGCUUUCGCACAGUCCGCACCCGGGACCCAUAGCUUCAUCCCACCUCCUUCGCUGAAUCCCCAGUAUAAUAUUCCCACGGGUUCUUCAGGCUAUGAUUAUCCUAUACCGUCUGGACCAGCUUUCAGUGCCGGUGGUUUCGCCAGUGCUAGUGCUAGCGCAAGUGCUGAUGGACAAGGUGGUAGCGUCAGUACAUCCACCUCACCAGGUGGUGCAGUACAUACAUCCUUUGGAAUUGGUACUCGUGGCUCGUUCUCUGACAGUGGAUCACCUGGCCCAUUUUCUGCUAAUGGCGGUAGAGUUUCACAAUCGGCUACCUCUCACAGUAGCAGUGGGCCAAACGGUCAAGAGUCAUCAAGUUCGUUUAGCAACAGUGGUCCCAAUGGAAUUCGAAAUUCGUACAGUCAUAGUGGACCUAAUGGAGUUCAACACGAAACUUAUGGUGUACCAUAUCCGAUUAGCAACAGAGGCCCCAAUGGAAUUCAGACUUCGUAUAGUCACAGUGGAAAUAAUGGAGCUGUUGUACCAAAUGGUGGUUUAUUCCCGAAUGUUCACAAUUCUGGAUCAUUUGUCAGCGCUUCUGGCACAAUUCCACCUGGUGGACAACCGUCUUUCAUCAGCAUCAGAGGAUCUUUCCCAGGUAGUGAUGACGAAUCUGUUGCCAUUGAAGUUGAUGGUCCUGAAGGAACACGUGUUAGUGCUCCCGAAGGUGCGCAUAUUAGUGGAUCCAUUGGUGGUAAACCAGCAGGUGCGCCGCAGUACCCAGGGCCGAACUAUGCUUACUCAGGCCCAGGAUAUGCUUCGAGCGGUGCCUUCGCACCUGCGUACUACUCUGGUCCAACUUAUAUGCCAUACGCUGCCAAUGGUGUUGAUAUUAAUGCUAUUUUCCAAGAAUACUUUGCUCAACUUCAGGCUCAACAAGAAGCUUUCCAAAGACAAAUUCAGCAACAAAUUGCUGCUCAGCAGCAAGCCGGUGGUACCUUUGCAAGUGGCGGUGCUUUUAUGACUAACGAUUACGGAAAUGUCGACCCAAAUGCCCAACUUUAUGUAAAUACGGUCUCUUUACCCAACUUCGCGUCAGCUGCAACUUCUCUUGAUUCUCGCUUUGGUGUUGGUGGCACAAAAAGUUCUGCCUAUGCUUUUCCCUUUUCGAACAAAAGCGCUAAAGACAGAAUUUGGGAUCAAAGCAAUCAAGUAGACAGUAACUUUGGCUAUCCAAAUGGACCAGCAAGUGCCUUCUCUAGCAUUAACCUCGGACCUCAAGGUGGAUACCAACAAGGAGCUAUUAAUCCAGCAAGAACAGGCACUUUGUCUCGUUUCGGCGAAGGUGUUCCAGCUCCAUCAGGCAAUAACUAUGGCGUCUUCAGCAGUUCAAGCUCGAGUUCUUCAACAGGUCCUGAUGGCAAAACUGUUUCUCAUAAAUCAGCGACUGUUGGUGUUAACGAUAACGGCAAAGUCUCCGUCAAGACCAUACACGAUCCUUAAAUCCAUCUAAAUAAGAUAUAUUUUUUAAAACAACUCGAUUUUAAACGAGUGGUGUUUUCUUUUUUUUAUACGCUUACAUUG